GAAUAAAGAUGAGAUCACAUGGCUGAGUUAUGAUCUUUUAAUAUUUUACCAGAGAAACACCCAUGAGUUUGUGUGUGUGUCCAAAGGAAUGUGGAACUCUGGUUUUAGUGGUGGUUUUCUUUCUCUUUCAUGUGUAAAAACAUUAAGGUGAUGUCCCAUUGAGAUGUUCAAAUCUCUUUUACAAGGGAGCCCUGGGAUGAUGCCACACAUGUGGAUGACUUUGAGUGCCGUUGUAACAGUUUUUGUGUCCCGUAUAGCUGCUGUGACUCCAGACCCUGAGCUGUUCUCUCUAACGGGUUCUGAAGGUCCGGUCUCGGCUCCAGAAGGAUCUUCUGUCACUCUGCCCUGUGGACUCUCCCCUUCCUCUAGUGCAGUACCUAUGCUGGUGCGCUGGUACCGGCCCAGUGCAUUCAGUACCCCGGUUCUGCUGUAUGAUAACCGGCGGGUCCAGGGGGAACCUGCAGACCCUCGGUACCGGGUCUCUCUGGUGGGGGAGCUGGAGAAGGGCAACGCGUCCCUCAGACUAGAGAACCUCACUCUGGAGGACAGGGGAGAGUAUGUGUGCCAUGUGGGGAGUUUUGUAUGGUUCAGUGAGAUCAGAAUUAAUCUCAUAGUAACAGUGUUGGGCAGUAUCCCAGUUAUUUCAUUUCCUGAGGGUGGCGUAGGACAGGUGAAUGUUACCUGUGAGUCGGAUGGCUGGUUUCCAGAGCCGACCGUCACCUGGAGAGAUAGAAAAGGAACAGAGAUCCAUCAGAACUACAGCAACAUCCACUUCCUCAAAGAUGAGGGGGGUCUGGUGGCUGUGAGCUCCUGGCUGCUCUACAGUCCCUCUGAGGCCGAGUGGCUCUCCUGCGCUGUGGGUCUGUCUGAUCAGGAGAGGAGAGAGAGCAGGGUGGCACUACGCACCACAACCACACACACACCAACACACACCAACGGAUCUAGGGAACACAGACUCACUGGUGUGUUCUUUUUCAUAUUAUGUGGUGUGGUCAUAUGGUUUGCUGUGCAACAUAAAAAAGAUGUCAGACUCUUCUCACGUCAGAGGAAACCAACAGCAACUGCAGUUCCUGAUGAAACAAAUGCAGAAUGCAAUGGGUACAGACCAGAGUCAGGCACUAAUGAAGAACAGACACGGUCAGAAACAUCUGCUGCAGCAAAUGAAUGGACACCCCUCAAUGCCGAGUCAAAUGAUGUGCAGUCCAAGGAUGGACCAAGUGAAACAAACACACAGCCAGACAGCACUGCAGUAGCAGAUGCUACUAAACAAAGGGGGACUACAGUCAUCACCACCUGCGCAGGGGUCAUUGUAAUCAGAAUACCAGAUGUGAACCAGUCAAAAAAACAUUACGUGAAUCUGACUCUGGAUAUGAAGACCGUGCCUUCUUUUCUUAAAGUACAAGAUAAUAAAACUGGCAUCCUCUGCCCUGAUCCACUAAAGGUUUCAGCCACAGAGAUGAGAUUUGCUCAUGCUUUAUGUGAACAGUCUUUCAGCUCAGGGAAGCACUACUGGGAGGUGCAAGUGCAUUAUACUGAUUUUUUUGGUCAUCUUAAGGCAAGGCAGUCGUGGUAUGUGGGGGUGUGCACUAACACAGCAGAACAAACACACAGAGUCUCUUUAACACCACGGAACGGCUUCUGGGUUCUCCAGUAUGAGAAAGGAACUGGACUCUUUGUCAACACUGAACCUCCUACUCCAGUUCCGGUGUCUGAACUAUUUCAGGUCCUAGGGGUGUUUCUAGACUGUGAUGAACACACUCUCACCUUUUACAAUGCUGACAAUUCUGUGUGUCUGUGCUGUUUGUUUGUGACACCAAACAAACAUCUGAUUCCUCUGAUCAGCUCAGAAGUUAGAGACAAGGUGCCUGUUAGAUUACACCAAAAAUAAAACCAUAUUUAGACAAACAAACAUCUCCCAAACACAAUACAAUUAAGAUGCAGAAUUACAUAAACCCUGGGCUGUUUCAAGGCAGUGGGGAUGCCUCAGGCAUAAAGGACCUGGAGGGCCCUACAUCCAACCAAAAUCACUCCCCUCUAUCAGGAACCACAUCACAGACACAUCAUUCCAAUCAAGAAAUUAAUUUUGAUGAAAAUAAUUAUUAGUAGAAAGUUUAAUGGUACCUUUUGAGCGCAAACCCCCACCACCAUCCCAUACAGAUCUUUUAAAAUCACACAUUUUUUUUAUAUACAACACAUCAACCAAACUGAAUCCCCUCCUUCGGGAACCACAUUAUAGACACAUCAUUCCAAUAUUCACACAAUUUUUAUGAACAAAAUGAUAUCUAUUAUACUAGAGCUCAGCAGUCUGUGAUCAUGUGUUUGAUGGCAAAUUACAUUUCUAUUUUAGUGUUGAUAAGAAAACACGUCUUUGCCUCUGUGUCUGCAGUUUGUAUUUGUGCAUCAGCUCAUCUAGCAGCAGCCAACCUCAAUCCCACUGUCCUGUUUUGUUUUUUAUGGUAAAUAGGCUCGGUCAUUGGUUGGCCGCUGUGGAAAAUCCCUAUAUCUAGCACAAGCAAUUAAACACCUCUCCAGAAAUUAGCCCCAGCUCUGCUUAUUUGGAAAGGAGUAAGAGCUCUCUGUCCUUUGACAGGUGUUGGAACAUGUAUAGAUGAAAUAUAUGUGACCAUCUGUAGACUGAUAGGGGAUUUAGUCAGAAAGCAGCAUUUGUGUGUAUUUUUUAUAACUUAUUAAUUAUAUUUUAUUUUAAAAAUAUAUUGAUAAUACUGACCCAAACUAUCAUAAGACUAGCAUUUUGAAGUAUCAAUAUCUAUAAAUAUAUAAUAAACUAUUUAUAAAAAAUCCUGAAACUCUAAUGUAUACCACAAAAUCAGAGUUGUUUGCUCCCUGGAAGAAUGUUGGUAAGAAAUAAUUUGUCGCCAUCUAGUGACUUGAUUCAGUACUUCAGAAUAAUUGUUUAAUCACUACCAUGGCACAUACUGUAUGCACUGGAAAAGAGUUCACUUGAUUUGUCAGUAAAAGUGAGAAGAGAGACAUUGUUAAACUAAAGUAAAAUGAUUUGCUGUUAAUAAAUACUACAUGAAAGGUC